AUGGCAUCUGGAGGAUCUGUUAUUGGUCUGAAAUAUAACGGUGGUGUCCUGUUGGCUAGCGACACACUUUUAUCGUAUGGAUCCCUUGCGAAAUGGCCAAAUAUCCCGCGUAUUAAAAUCAUAGGCCCCCAUACCGCCGUGUGUGCUACUGGCGACUACGCUGACUUUCAAGAUAUGACUGAACAACUUGAGAGUCAUGUGGAGCGACAGCGGAGAUACAUCAAUGAUGUGCUUAGGCCUGAUGAAAUAUUUUGUUAUCUCCACCGGCAUAUUUACCAUAAACGCUCCAAUUUUGAGCCAUGCCUUUGCAGUUUUGUUGUCUGUGGUUGUCAAGGAGGAGUUCCAUUUCUUGGUGGAAUUGACAGUGUGGGGACGCAAUGGAGGGAUGACUGCGUGGCUACGGGAUAUGGAGCAUAUAUUGCAAUUCCACUACUACGGAAGGCGCUUGAAAAACCUGGUGGACUCUCACGUGAGGAGGCGGUGGAGGUUAUCAAAAACUGUCUUCGUGUUCUUUUCUACCGGGAGUGCCGCGCCAUCAACAAGUUUCAAAUUGCAGAUGCGACAAAUGACGCUGUGGAGAUUGGCAAGCCGUUUGAAGUAGAAACAAAUUGGGAGUAUGAGGGGUUCUGCUUUGAGAAAACAGCCAUUAUUCGAUGA